ACACUCACACAGAGCGGAGAGGAGAGGAGAGUGUUCAUCGGAAACACCCAUUUCUAGAUCCAAAUCACUAAAUCUCAUUCCAUCUUCUUCUUCAGAUCUCAUUCAUUCAAUCAUUAAUUUUAUUAAUUAAUCAAAUCCAAUCCAGCAGUUGUCAUGGCUUCUCCUGGAAAUCCGAAUCAAUUACCAUUUGAUGUUCCCAGAUUCUUCAAUCCUUCCUCAUCUCCGCCACCAAUCACCACCACCACCACCGCCCUCCAAAACCCUAACAAACCAUCCCCUGCUUCUGCCUCUGCCUCCUAUCCACCACCCACCGUCACCGGCGGUCCUUUCUCUUACCCUCCUCAAACUAACCCUCCUCUAUACCACCCUCAAUUCAAUAUUCCACCACCUCCGUUCCAACAACAAUCCUCAGAUAACCACCUGCCCUCCUCUAACUUACAUCAUCAGCGAUCCGUUCCUUAUCCUACACACCCUCUCCAACUCCAAUCUCCUUCCCCUAAUAACAACCACCACCCUAACACCAACCAUGGCGCUCGCCUUAUGGCGCUUUUAAGCGCACCGCCGCCUUCUACUCUUGAACCACCAUCCAUGCCUCCACCUCCAACUCAGAACCUUAUGCUUUUGUCAUCCUUGCAUCCUGGACCUGCACCAUUGCCAAUGCCAAUGCCAAUGCCGAGUAGUAAGCUUCCAACUGGACGCCAUUUGAAUGGUGAUCGUCUUGUUUACGAUAUAGAUGUUAGGUUGCCAGGAGAGUUUCAACCUCAGCUUGAGGUCACUCCCAUUACCAAGUAUGGGUCGGAUCCUGGUCUUGUAGUGGGUCGUCAGAUUGCUGUGAAUAAGACCUAUAUAUGUUAUGGAUUGAAACAGGGAGCCAUUAGGGUUCUUAAUAUAAACACUGCAUUAAGAUCACUUCUUAAAGGUCUUGCUCAGCGGGUUACAGAUAUGGCUUUCUUUGCAGAGGAAGUUCACCUUUUAGCCAGCGCGAGUAUAGAUGGACGAGUUUAUGUAUGGAAACUCACCGAAAGUCCUGAUGAAGAUGAUAAACCACAGAUUAGUAGGAAGAUAGUUAUUGCCAUCCAGAUUACUGGAGAAGGAGAAUCUGUUCAUCCCAGAGUCUGUUGGCACUGCCAUAAACAAGAAGUUUUAGUGGUUGGAAUUGGAAGGCGUAUUCUGAAAAUCGAUACCACUAAGGUUGGGCGAGGUGAAGUAUACUCUGCUGAGGAACCUCUCAAGUGUCAUGUGGAUAAGUUGCUCAAUGGAGUUCAGUUUGUUGGUAACCAUGAUGGGGAAGUGACAGAUCUAUCAAUGUGCCAAUGGAUGACCACUCGUUUGGUCUCUGCUUCAGUGGAUGGAACGAUAAAGAUUUGGGAAGAUCGCAAGCAAUUGCCAAUUGCAGUACUGAGGCCACAUGAUGGCCUACCUGUAAACUCUGUUACAUUCUUGACUGCUCCUCAUCGUCCAGAUCACAUCAUACUUAUCACUGGGGGUCCAUUUAAUCAUGAAAUGAAAAUAUGGGCCUCGGAAAGUGAGGAAGGAUGGCUGCUUCCAAGUGAUGCCGACUCAUGGCACUGUACUCAGACGUUAGAAUUGAAGAAUUCUGGUGAACCCAGAGUCGAAGAUUCAUUCUUUAAUCAAGUAGUUGCACUAUCUCAAGCUGGUCUUCUUUUACUGGCAAAUGCCAAGAAAAAGGCUAUAUACGCUGUACACCUUGAUUAUGGUCCCAAUCCAGAAAUGACGCGUAUGGAUUAUAUUGCUGAGUUUACUGUCACUAUGCCAAUACUGAGUCUUACGGGCACCAGCGAUUCAUUACCACAUGGGGAGCAGAUUAUUCAAGUUUAUUGCGUUCAGACGCAAGCCAUUCAACAAUAUGCUUUGGAUUUGUCAAGAUGUUUACCACCUCCUAUUGACGGUGUCGUGUAUGAGAAAUCAGAAUCGAUUUUUUCACAUGAUGUGGUGAGUGCUGAAGGUUUCACUGGUUUGGAGUCCAGCAUGGGACCUAGUUCUGAGAGUGCACCCACACUGAGACAGCCCUUAAGUUCGCCUUUGGCUGAGGCUGUCAUUUCUAAGGAAUUUUCUACAUCAGCCGUUGAACCUAGAUCCGCCCCACCUCCUAUCAGUAAUGAUGCUGAUAUUUCUUGUGCUGUAUCACCGCAGGUUCCAUUAAGUCCUAGAUUGUCUCGAAAACUGUCCAAUUUUAGAACACCAUCUGGUGGGUUCGAGUCUAGUGCCCAACCAAAUGAUUACGGAGAUAAAAAAGUAAUUGAACAUUCAGUUGAUAGGCAAAUGGAGACUGCUCAUUCAAACCUAUCUAGUCUAUCUUCUAUGGAUGAUGAUGAAAACAAAGUUGCAAAAGAUGAUGGUACGAUGGUCAAGUUUAAGCACCCAACUCAUCUAGUUACUCCUGCUGAAUUGAUGGCAAUGACCACAUCGCCGUCUGAACGAAAUCGUGUUAGAGAUCAGAAGAGUGAUGGGGAGCUGGAAGUACAAGAUGUUGAAGUGAACUCUGAUCUGCAGAAUGUUGAUAUGGAUGUCAAGAUCGUGGGUGAAACAGGAAUGAGCCAUAAUGCUGAUCUUAUUGCCCAAGGAUCGCCUCAGGGUUUUGCUUCAGAACACAAGGAGAAAUCUUUUUGCCCACAGGCAUCGGAUCUUGGAGUUGGGAAGGCCAGAGAUCGUAGUGGCUUGCCGGGUGAAACUUAUUUUGUUAACGGGUCUAAGCAACUUGAAGGAACAGAAGAAAGCAAGGCUGUGGUUCAAACUUCAGGUGCUCAGGACGAAGUGCGAGACGUGACAAAUGAUCUAUCCGGACAGUUGGAGACAGCCACACCCACGAGAGUGAAAUACCCAGCAAAAGGGAAAAAACAGAAGGGGAAGAAUGCUCAAGGAUCAGGACCAUCUUCUCCUUCCUUCAAUUCAACUGAUUCUUCCAAUGAGCCAGGUCUGGUUUCAUGUAUUCCCUCUACCGAAACCAUACUUUCACAAAUCCAAUCCAUGCAAGAAACAAUUACUCAGGUUCUAAUCAAUCAAAAGGAAAUCUAUAAGCAGAUCCCAGUCCUGCUUACAGUACCGGUUACAAAGGAAGGGCGUAGAAUCGAGGCAGCCAUAGGAAAGAGCAUGGAGAAAGCAUAUAAAGCUAAUUCUGAUGCUCAAUGGGCUCGUACCCAAGAAGAAUUCUCAAAACAGGAAAAGGCAAACCGAGAUCGCCAUCAGCAAAUUUCUGGUUUGGUUACAAAUGGUUACAAGGACUUGCUUGCGACGUGGGAGAAAAUGUUGAAAAAGGAAACAGCUGCCCUCGUGCCAGCUGUGGUGCGUUCAGUUACUCCUCUUAUUGAGAAAGUAUCGUCUACUGCUAUCUCCGAGGCUUUCCAGAGAGGGGUUGGUGAUAAGGCUGUAAAUCAACUGGAGAAAUCGGUUCAAUCUAAGCUUGAAGCUACUGUUGCUAGACAAAUCCAAGCCCAGUUUCAAACUUCUGGCAAGCAAGCCCUACAGGAAGCACUAAGGUUGAGUAUGGAGGCUUCUGUUGUUCCUGCAUUCGAAAUGUCUUGCAAGGCCAUGUUUGAUCAAAUUGAUGCUACAUUUCAAAAGGGAAUGCUUGAACAUACAAGUGCAGCUCAGCAGCAAGUUGAAUCUACAUAUUCGCCUUUGGCAAUUGCUUUGAGAGAUGCCAUCAAUUCAGCAUCAUCCAUGACUCGAACGUUAAGCAGUGAAUUGGCUGAUGGUCAAAGGAAAUUGGUUGCUCUUGCAGUUGCUGGAGCAAAUUCCAAAGGUGGAAAUCCAUUAAUAACACAAAUAAGUAACGGAACCAUAGCCUGUGAGAAGAUCGAGGCACCAGUGGAUCCAACAAAAGAGCUGUCUAGGUUGGUAUAUGAGCACAAAUAUGAGGAGGCUUUCACUGCUGCUCUGCAAAGAAGUGAUGUUUGGAUUGUCUCCUGGUUAUGCUCUCAGGUUGAUCUACAGGGGAUAUUAACAAGCAAUCCUGUACCUCUGAGUCAAGGAGUGCUGCUGUCUUUGCUGCAGCAAUUGGCUUGUGAUAUCGUGAACGACACAUCUCGGAAGCUUGCAUGGAUGAUGGAUUUGGUGGUGGCGAUCAAACCAUCAGAUGGGAUGAUCGCAAUGCAUGUAGGACCAAUUUUUGAUCAGGUGUAUUCAAUACUAAAUCAUCAGAUGAGCGUUCCCAAUAUGUCUGUUUCUGAGGUCUCAAGCAUACGUGUUGUCAUGAAACUCAUCAAUUCCACACUAAGGACCCUGUAGCUAUUUCAGUUGU